AUGGACGUCCACCAAGGCAGUGGAGAAGACAGGAUAGUCAGGGAGGAAGUGGACCAAGCGGCCCGGCUAGUUUGCAGCUCAGCGCUGCUGCUCCAAUGCCUCCCGCAUGUUGGGUGCGUGUUUGACUGCAGCUCAACACGGGCUCCCCGGGAAACGCCUUGGCCUGGCUCUAACGCAUCCUCCUUCCGUUCCGCAGUGUGCCAACAUGCUGCUGGCCUGGGACUCAAUGCGACCGAGCCAGAGGGGAAUGUGUCCGUGGCGUGGGACCACAGUGCGGAGGGGCACGCGGUGGCCUCAGGAAGUGACUAUGAAGAGGACGAAGAGGAGGAGCAGGACCCCACGGUGCCGAUGUACAUUGUGGACGAGUCGAUUAGAGUUGAACCUGUGAUUAAGCCCAAGCAAACAAAACCCGAAAAGAAUCCUGACAAAACAAAAAGAAAGCGACUCAAAGGGAAGAAAAAUAAAAAGAAGAAAGGGACGCCGUGCGACACAGAGUACAGAAACUUUUGCAUUCACGGUGAAUGCAGAUACCUAGAAGAACUCAAAGAAGUAACAUGCAAAUGCCAUGAGGAUUAUUUUGGUGAACGCUGUGGUGAGCAGUUCAUGAAGACUCAAAGGAGGAACGACCUAAGCAACUUUUCAACAACCGUACUGGUGGUGGUGGCUGUUCUGCUCUCCAGCAUCAGCUUCAUUGCGAUUGUCGUCAUUGUCACAAUGCAGGUGAGGAAAACGUGUCCUCAAUAUGAAGAAAAGGAGGAGAGAAGGAAGCUCAGACAAGAGACUGGAAACGGCCAUGUUGACGUGUAAAGGAGGGCCCAGAACACGCCACUAAGAGGGUCACUCCUUCGUGAAGACACCCGGAGGAAUGGCUGGUGUUGGAACCACAUGGCCCCACUCAACCAAGACGGAUCCCCUAAGGAGACAGCCAAAGCUCAAAGCUGGGGUGGGCAGGUGCCAACACACCCGGUGGAGGAGGAUCCAACUGGGGGGGUUAAAAGCACCACUGUCAAGAGCAACGUGGGAACUGCCGCCACUGGGGCCCAUCUGGUCACCGAUGGAGGAUGACCAUCUUUCUGCUGCUACCUGGAUCCCUUUUGGUUUUUGCCUUGCUGUUUGGAUGCAAAUACCCAGCCGUGAGGCUUGCUGGAGGAACUCUGUUUUUUAAGGAAAAUCGUGGCUAUAAGGAGACAGGAGGACUUGUUCCUCCUCUGUCCCAUUGUCACCCAAAAGGAACAGGAUGGGACUUGAUUAAGCUUGUUCCCCCAGAACUUUGACAGGAGAGGGGCUGCUGGCGUGGAGGAGGGGAAGAGCUUUGUUCUCCCACCGGGGUGACCCUCCAUGCUUCACCUGCUUGUCUGCCCCGGAGAGGAGUGAAUUUUAGUCUGCACUAGUGAGUUGUUCACUAACUGACCUGAGUUGACCUUGCUGGUAGAUGCUACAAGUUCCCUAGUGCAGAGGAACCCAGUUAUAGCCAUCAUGCACCCUGGGAGACUUGCAGUGCCUGCCAGCAAGGUUCCCAUCGUCCAGGUGGCUAGCACAAAUGAAAGCCUGGUGUAGACAAGCCCUGACUUCGGUUCUUCCUCACCAUUUACUCAGGAUCUCUCCCUGAAGUUCCCAUUUGUAGCUAACCUGGUUCUUAUCCUGUGAACGCUUUAAACAUGCGUGGUUUCAUUGACUUCGGUGCAACUGUUCACGUGAGUAGAGUUAGGCACACAUUUGCUGGACCAAACAACUGCUGUGGAGUCCAACUCAGGUUGUCUUCAGGUUUUUCUUCUAGUACUUUGGAAAACUAGGAUAAAGGUUUUAUUGAAGUUCAUAAGGUCAAGAGUUAGGUGCUGCUGCCCUUGCUAGGACACUUAUUAAAGAAAACACGAGCACUGAGUUUCCAGACAAUGCUUAGUUUUUCAGGCUUUCCUUGGGUCUUCUGUUACAGACCUUCUGAGUUAGAUUAUAGACAGAAAAGGUUAAUCAAUUCAUAUCUUCUUCCCCGGGCUCCCAGCUCUUGGCACUUCCAACUUAACCUCAAGUCGUAAAAGACGAAAUCCGAGAUAUAAUAUUGUAGUCUCAAUACUCUCCUGAAGAAUGGAGUUUGCUGCUAUUCAGCAUGCAAUUGAAACAAUAUCUCUUGUAGGUA